AUGUUUUAUACACUUGUGAAAUUUUUUUUCUAUGUUGAUUCAGAAGAAUGUUUUAACGAUUCACAAUCAACAUUACAAGAUAUUGACAGUCAUCAGCAAUCAUUCAACGAUUUAUAUUGUACAACAACAUCAUCUAUUCGUGAUAUUGAUAUUCCAAUUCUAUCACCAUCAUCAUAUUGUUUAUCAAGAUUCGAAAGAGAAGAUACAAUAAAAAAUUUUCUUGAUUCACAAUUUGAACAAGAAAGUGAUUUUGAAUAUUUUCGUCAUUCAUCUAUCAAUAAUUCUCAUCAUAUAAGUGUUUAUGUUAACGGAGUAGCUAUACCAAUGCGUUCUACUUAUAAUACAACUCGUCCUUAUCAAUCUCGUGGACGUAGUGUACAUUGGAAGGAUGAAAUUGUUCAACCAUCGAAAGAUGAAAAUUAUUAUAAUCAAAAUGAUUCAACAAAACAACGUACUCCACGUAUAUCACUUCAUACAAGUUCACCAUAUCAUUCUAAACUUAAUAUUCGUGUUAAUGUUAAUCGAAUAGAUGCUGAUAAUUUUUAUGAACAUAAUCAAAUUAAAGCAAAGGUUACAUUUGAAAGAUUAGAUCCUCGACAUGAUUAUAAACAUUUUGAAGCAUUAGAACAAGCCUAUUGUCAACAUUAUUUAAUACCAUCACCAAAUGAAUGUAUGAUAAAAAAUACAAGAACAAAUAUACCAACACAAUAUGAGAUAUUACCACAACAUCGUCAAAUUUCAGUACCUGCUUCAUUACCUGUUGAUCAACGAUUUGUUUUAUAUAUUCGUGAAGGUGAAGUUUAUGCUAGAUGUUAA